AUGAACAGGGGCGAGCGGUAUCAACGGGUGUCGCGACUCGGACGUGGCGGCUUUGGCACCGUCUACAAGUGCAUCAACCUCGAGACUGGCCAGCUCGUUGCUGUGAAGGAGGUGCGGCUCGCCGCGGAGCCCGAUGGCAACAGCGCGGAAGAGUUGCGCUCUGAGUUCGAGCUCCUCUCGCGCGUGGAGCAUCCGAAUAUCAUCCGCCUCCUUGGGCACCGUGUUGGGCGGCGACACGCGCGCCUUUUUCUGGAGUGGGCCGCCGGCGGCUCGCUGUACGACAUGAUGAAACACAUCGGCGCGUUGUCCUCCGGCCUGCAGGAGGACCUCGUGCGCUCCUACGUGCAGCAGAUACUGGCGGCGCUGCAGUGCCUGCACGAGCACGGCAUCAUCCACCGUGACCUCAAGCCGCAGAACGUGCUGGUUGACCACGCGGGCGUGCUGCGCGUGACGGACUUCGGCCUCAGCCGCCUCCUCAGCGACGAGGCGUCCGUUAUCGAGACGGUCAUCGCAGGCACGCCUCGGUACAUGGCGCCGGAGACCAUCCGCGCUGGCCGCUUCUCGUGUGGCAGCGAUCUCUGGGCAGUGGGCGCCACCAUGUCGGAGCUCCUCACCGGGAGGACGCCGUGGUCGCACCUGCAGCCGCCCCACGUGCAGCAGAUGCCGUCGCUGCUGCACCACAUCUCCAAUCAUCCGGAUGAGCACCCCGUCAUACCAGAACACAUUAGUGACGCGGCGAAGGAGUUCAUGAUGCAGUGCUUCCGACCCGAACCGAGGGAACGCGGCACUGCGGCGAGCCUGCUGCAGCACACCUUCCUGAAGCGAGAGAAGAAGGAAUGA